AUGAAAUCUUUCAAAGAACCUCCAAAACAUUCUAUUAAAUUAAGAGAACUUAUUGAACGAGUUAAGGCAUGUAAAACUAUUGAAGAAGAAAAAAUUCUUAUUACAAGAGAAUGUGCUGAUAUCCGAAGUACUAUGCCAGAAAAUCAAUAUAAAACAAGAAAUGUAAUGAAAUUAAUUUAUUUAGAUUUAUUAGGAUAUAAUACACAAUUUGCACAAAUAGAAUGUCUUGCUUUAAUUUCAUCACAUGAAUUUCAAACAAAAAGAAUUGGAUAUUUAGCAUUAGGAUUAUUACUUGAUGAAAACCAAGAGACAUUAACAUUAAUUAUUAAUCAUUUACAAAAAGAUCUUGAAAGUGAUAAUCAAAAUAUUGUUGAAUUAGCACUAACGACAAUAGCUAAUAUUGGUAGUGAAGAGUUAUGUCAAGUAGUUUCACCUCAUGUCCUUAAAGUUUUUAAUUCAAGAAUAAGAAAUGUACAAAAGAAAGCUAUUGCAGCAGCAUUACGUAUUAUUAAAAAAUGUCCAAAUCUUAUUGACCAAUAUAUAAAUCCUGUUAUUGGAUUUUUAAAUAAAUCUGAAAAUGAUUUUAUUCUUCCUAUAACUAAAUUAAUUAUUAGUAUUAUUACUCAUCCAUCGUUUCAACAUGCUUUUGAUUCUUGUAUUCCAAUUCUCAUUUCGAUAUUAAAUAAAAAUACUCGUGGAAAUGGGUUUGAUGUUUCACUUCAAGCAUGUAUUUGUUGUAAUAUAUUGGACUUAUUAAAAAAAAUUUAUACAAAGAAAUAUAUAUUUGAUAUUGAAGAUGUAUUGUCUGAUAUUAUUAUUAAUUCUCCAAAAAAUAGUAUUGGAAUUUGUGUUGGAUUUGUUGCUGCUCAAUGUGCAUUAGAAAUUGAGUGUGAUUCAUUAGUAAAAGAGAUGGGAAUAAAUUAUAUUAUUAGAUUAUUAUAUGAUGAAUAUCCAAAUACUCGAUACGCCGCUUUUAGAUAUAUUGAAUUAAGAACAGAAUCAAUUUGGAAAUUUUUAAUUCCUUUUACUUCAAGAAUUCUUGAUUGUCUUGAAGAUGAGGAUGAAGGAAUUAAACUCUUUGCUUUACACAUUUCUGCUCAAUUAGCUCAAUAUGGUUCUCAAAAAGAAAUUGUCCAUCAUAUUAUUACUUCAUUAGGAGAAGGUGAAAAAUAUACAAAAGAAGCCUCAAAAGUUGUUUGUGAUUUAGUAGAGCUUGUGGAUGCAGAGGCUCAAUGGAAGUUUGACUGUUUAUUAAAUACAGCAAUGGAAUCAGACAAAUACAUAAAUGAAAAUAUUACACAACGACUAAUUAAUAUAAUUGCAUUAAAUGAUAUCCAAACUUAUGCCGUUACUAAAUUAUUCCCAUUAAUGAGAAGUGCCUCUCAACCAAUUAAAAAAGCUGCCGUCUGGUGUGUUGGUGAAUAUUUUGAUUUAUUAAAAAAUGUGGUUAAAGAAGAUAUAAUAAUUAAUGAAGUUAUUAGGUGUAAUUGUGAAGAAUUAAUUAGAAUAACUGCGUUAGCUAAAAUUGCUGCACGAGAAGGCGAAAAAGAACGAAACAAUGUUGGUAAAUUAUUAGUUCAAUUUAAAGGUGGUCAUUCAUUCGAAGAAAACCAAAGAUAUAAUGAAGCCAUUGCAGUGUGUAACAAAGGUGAGUAUGUGAAUGGUUGGAAAAGAAUGCCUGCAAUAGAAGAAGUCACUGAGUUUGGUCAUGAUAAUUCAAAUAUUUCAAUUACUCUCAAAAAACUUGAUAAAAAAGAACAAUUAAAUAUUAUUGAAGAAGAUAAAAUACAACAAACAACUUUAGAAAGGCAACUACCAUCUCUACAAAACAGUUUUACUUCUACCACUACUACAACUCUUUUAGAUUUUAAUAAUGGAAAAGAAGGAAAGAGGAGUGAUAUUUUAUUCAACCAACCAGCUAAUUUACAGACUAACAACUCUUCAUUAAACGAUAUACUUGGUUUUGUUCCUCCUACUCAAAUAAAACCUUCUAAAUAUGAUAUAUUAGGUUCAGUUGAAAAUGAUCAAAAAAAUCAACAACAACAGUCUGUUGCACCAUUGAUGUUCGAUCUUAUUGGAAAUGAUUCUAUAAUAAACAGUGAUUCUAAAAACGAAAAUCAAUUCAUAGAACCUCAACAGUCCAUUGUUUCAGAUGAAAAGAAAGAAAACACACAAAUCAAUAAUAAUGAAAAUGAUGACUUUGAAUUCACAGAAUAUAUACCAUCUGCACCUGUUGAAAAAAUUAUUGAUGUUUGUCAAGAUGCAUUUCUUCAUAUCCAAUUCAAAAUUAAGAAAAAUGGGGAUGAGUGCAUUGUUGUUACGGUAUUUAAAAACAUAGGAAAUGAAAAUAUCAAAAAUAUUGUCUUAAAAGUAGCUGCUCCAAAAACUAUUCAUGUUGAUGUCCAAUGCAUAGAAAAAGAAAUAAUUAACCCUCAAGAGGAAAGUAUGCAACUAUUUACUACAAAAGGACAAGUUAAUGGAAAUGUUCCUGUAAAGAUACGAGUUGAAUAUUUAAAAGGAACUGAACAAAAAGUUCUUCAAUCAACACCAGUAAUACUCAACCAAUGA